UUUUAAUAGUACAACCAACGAUACUUACCAAAUCCACAUGGUUUGUCAAUAUGAGCACUAACAAAGUUUUGAAGCUAGCCAAGGCUGCUAUUGACAAGAAAGACUAUGAAGCAGCCCUCAAGCAUUGUCAAGAUGUGUUUAUCAGGGAUGCUAGUAACUACAAUGGGAAUGUGUUUGCUGGACUGGCUUGUCUCCAGCUGAGUCGACAUGACGACGCAAGACGUCAUUACAGCACAGCCAUUGAGACACAGCCAGAUAAUCCUCUAGCCUGGAAGGGUCUGGCUAACUACUAUGACAAGCACAGGCCAGUGGUGCAACAGGAGCAACUGGAUGCCCUCAACACAUACUCCAAACUGCUCUCAUUUGUUGAAAGUGAUGCUACCAAGACCUCCUCCAUCCUCUUCAAGAUGGCAGUCCUACACGAGGUCCUGAGUCAGCAUUCCGAGGUCCUAUCCUGCUACGGCCGUAUCCUGGCAACCACAGAGGAGGGGGCAGAGCUGCCUACGGAGAAAGUAGCUACCAUGAUCUCUCAUUUCCUCUCACAGAAAGACACUUCUCUUGCAAUAUGGGGCAUGCUAGUGAAAGCCUUUGAUUUGUUUGAGGGUGACACUAAGAGUGGAGUAAGGUCAAAAUUCGUAUCAAGGGGGAUGGCUGUCUACAAGGCUAGCAUUUCUCUUGAUGGAGGUCUGCAUGCCAAACUAGUCUCUGAAUGUGAAGAGCUUCUCUCCUGUCAGCCACAGCAUGCACUCCUCUCACUGGUGCAGCUCACUCUGUGGGAACAAGCUCCUGCAAUGCAAGUGCAAUAUCCGUGUGAUGUCUCGCUGGAACUGACUAGCAACCAGAAGGGGUGGUGUGAGCAGCUAGGAGUGUUGAUGGAUGAGGGUACAUUGGAUGCUACAGGAUUAGGUGUGGCUUGUGCAGGGGAUGCUCUAGUGAAGGUUACUGAUGGAAAAUGGAUAGACGCUAAAACAGUGAUUGAAAACGGUUUGACCUCAUGCCCUGCUAUGUGUGAGCUCCACCUCCUCUCAGUCAUCGUCCAUCUUCGUCUCCAUGACUACCACAAUGCCGAGCUGGAAGGUCAAAAAGGUCUGAAGUGUGCAUCUUCUUUCCCUAAGUGUCUGAUUACUUCUGUGCAAACUAAACUGAAACUGUGUCUGCUCUGUGUUGCCACGGAGAGUGAGGACGGCCCUCAAUCCAAGGCUCUAGCAAAUGAGUUCUCUGAAUUGAUGUCAGGUGACUUACAUAUGACUGCACUGGUUACUAGAGGGUACAUACUCGCUGGGGAACUUCCUCAAGCUAGGGAGGUGCUGCAUACGCUGCAAGGACAGGAGAGUGCCAAACACUUGGUGUGUGCGUUGCAAGGAGAGAUAUUUCUAUCAAUGGAGGACUGGGACAAUGCUAUCAAACAGACGGCCAUCUGGAGGUCAGAGGUCACUGACAAGAGACCCGCCUAUGCAUCAUUCAUUCAGGCUGCUAAAUUGGAAAGUGUUUUUCUACUUGGGUAGAUACCAGAAGCUUGUCAACAAGAACACAGAACGAGCUAUAAAGUGCUUCCAGAAGGCAGUUGCUCUAAUACCAUCUCUAACUAUGGCAGCCAUGGAACUGGGAGACCUGCUCACAACCAGUGGAGAAGAGCAAAAAGCAUUUUGAGUGUACAAUAAGAUUUGCACCGGCUCCCCUCCUGACAAAGGAGACACGCCUGGUUAAGGACUGGCCUGGUUAAGGACUGGCCUGUACCACCACAGCAAGGGGAGUUAUAACGAGGCCAUUAAGUGCUUCCAAACGUACGGUCGAGUGGACUCGAGUAAUGUACCCACACACACUGCAGACAAUGCUAGGAGUGCCUGGGUGAUGCUUACCUCUCCAGAGGAAACUUCAACUCUGCCCUCAAUGCAUUCAACAAGUGCCUAGAGCUGGAGCCCUCCUCCCUCUACUCUCUAUAUCGACUGGCGGGUAUCAAACGUAUGUUGGGUGAGCUGAGAGAGGCUGUGACUGAGUACACUGCAGUACUGGAGCUGGACUCGCACUAUGUGCCCGCUCUUAAAGAAACUGUUGGAUAUCAAUUAUGGAGCAGUGAGUGCCCUGAGGGACGAGGUCAAUGAGAAGGGGUUUGCUAUACUGGAGAUAGUGCCCAUGCAAGUGCUGCUAGAGGGAACGUUCCAUCGCUAUCUCACUCAAAGCAAUGAGAGAGUGGCCAAGUAUCAGGCAAAGAUGAUACAAAAUCUGGAGCAAGCAUUUCAGAGUCCAGAACAUCUUCCCAGUGUCGAGAGCCAGCAGCUGUUGUGCAAGGGAACCAUGGAGAUAUUGGAACUGCCUGCAAUACCAACAUUCAUUAGCUGACAGUUUAAUAUGUGCAAUCACUUUUAUGCACUCUUGUACAAUGUAUCUGUUGACAGUAUUUUAAUACUACAUACAAUGAUACUUACCAGAUCCACUUUA